GUCUUGAGCGGGGCACACGGACGUCGACGGCUGCCUGAGCCGGGCGGGCGAAGCUGGAGCGGCGGUGGCGGCGGCGGGGGGAGGCCGGGGCUGAGGCCGGGGCCGGGGCUGCGAGGCCCUCGGGGCGGCAGGCGGCGGCGGCCCGGGGCCCGAGCCCGGAGGCAGGAGCGGCCGCCAUGGCCGAGAGCAUCAUCAUCCGUGUCCAGUCCCCAGAUGGGGUGAAGCGGAUCACAGCAACAAAGAGAGAAACGGCUGCCACGUUUCUGAAAAAGGUUGCAAAGGAGUUUGGCUUCCAAAAUAAUGGCUUUUCAGUUUACAUCAAUAGAAACAAGACUGGAGAGAUAACAGCAUCGUCCAACAAAUCCCUCAACUUGUUGAAAGUCAAGCAUGGCGAUUUGUUGUUCCUGUUUCCCUCGAGCCUUGCUGGGCCCUCAUCCGAAAUGGAAACGUCAGCCCCACAGGGGUUCAAGGCCUUUGGUGCUCCCAAUGUGGUGGAAGAUGAGAUCGAUCAGUACCUCAGCAAGCAGGACGGGAAGAUUUAUAGAAGCCGAGACCCUCAGCUAUGCCGCCAUGGCCCUUUGGGGAAAUGUGUGCACUGUGUCCCGCUAGAGCCAUUUGAUGAAGACUACCUGAACCAUCUCGAGCCUCCUGUGAAGCACAUGUCCUUCCACGCCUACAUCCGCAAGCUGACCGGAGGGGCCGACAAGGGAAAAUUUGUUGCCUUGGAGAACAUCAGUUGCAAGAUUAAAUCAGGGUGCGAGGGACACCUUCCGUGGCCUAAUGGCAUCUGUACUAAGUGCCAGCCGAGUGCCAUCACGCUGAACAGACAGAAAUACAGGCAUGUGGACAAUAUCAUGUUUGAGAAUCACACUGUAGCUGACCGCUUCCUUGACUUCUGGAGAAAGACAGGGAACCAGCAUUUUGGGUACUUGUAUGGUCGGUACACGGAGCACAAAGACAUCCCCCUCGGCAUCAGGGCGGAAGUGGCUGCAAUUUAUGAACCACCUCAGAUUGGCACACAGAACAGCUUGGAGCUUCUUGAAGAUCCAAAAGCUGAAGUGGUCGAUGAAAUUGCUGCCAAACUUGGCCUGAGGAAGGUUGGCUGGAUAUUUACAGACCUCGUCUCAGAAGAUACCCGAAAGGGUACAGUCCGAUACAGUCGAAACAAGGACACUUACUUCCUUAGUUCAGAAGAGUGCAUCACUGCAGGGGACUUCCAGAACAAGCACCCCAACGUUUGCCGGCUCUCUCCGGAUGGGCAUUUUGGAUCCAAGUUUGUUACUGCAGUGGCUACAGGUGGUCCCGACAACCAGGUCCACUUUGAAGGGUAUCAGGUGUCCAACCAGUGCAUGGCCCUGGUCCGCGACGAGUGUCUGCUGCCGUGCAAGGACGCCCCUGAGCUCGGCUACGCCAAGGAGUCCAGCAGUGAGCAGUAUGUGCCUGAUGUAUUUUAUAAGGACAUAGACAAGUUUGGCAACGAGAUCACCCAGCUGGCCCGACCCCUGCCCGUGGAAUAUCUGAUCAUAGACAUCACAACAACUUUCCCCAAGGAUCCAGUUUAUACUUUUUCUAUUUCGCAAAACCCAUUUCCCAUUGAAAACCGGGAUGUGCUGGGUGAGACACAGGACUUCCAUAGUUUGGCCACCUAUUUAUCCCAGAAUACCUCGUCUGUGUUCUUGGAUACCAUCUCAGAUUUUCACCUCCUGCUGUUUCUGGUCACCAAUGAAGUUAUGCCUCUGCAGGACAGCAUCAGCUUGCUGCUGGAGGCCGUGCGGACCGGAAACGAGGAGCUCGCCCAGACGUGGAAGAGGUCCGAGCAGUGGGCCACCAUCGAGCAGCUCUGCAGCACAGUUGGUGUGCAGCUCCCCGGCCUCCAUGAGUACGGCGCCGUUGGGGGCUCUGCGCACGUGGCCGCUGCUGCCAUGUGGGCCUGUCAGCACUGCACCUUCAUGAACCAGCCGGGCACGGGCCACUGUGAGAUGUGCAGCCUCCCCAGGACCUAGGGCUCCACCCCUCGCUGGGUGGGACUGGGCCCAGCCCAGCCCUCUCUGAAGCCAGGAGCAUCGUGCAACGUGUUCCUGUAACGGCCCACAGUGGGCAGCCCUGAGGGGCAGGGGGCUGGCUACCCUGGGGUCUCUGACCCACUGAAGCUUCUCAGCACGUUUUUCCCUGGAGAGGGAGCCACAGCUGGUGUUCUGCAGGCCGAAUGAAAUCUCCAAACUGGAAGCGCAGGAACACCCCACACGCCUAACCCGGCUGACAAGACCCGCUGUGGUGGAAGGACUGCUCACGUCUGAGUCACCGCCUGGAGUUGGGGGCACGGGGUUGCUGCCGCCAUCCGGCUUGCUUUCUCCUUCCUUUUCGAUGCUUUUUGUUCCUUGUCCCCACUCCGCAUUUGUUUGGUUGGGAGCUCUUGUUACCUCUGUGUCCCGUUGCUCUGGGGCAGAGGCCCUGCCUGCAAGGCCACUUUUCCUCUCUGACAGCCAUUGCCUGGGAACACGCGGGUGACGCCUGCUCGGCCGGUGGCUGCAGGUUACUCUGCUGCCCGCCCUUCUCCACCGACGUCCAGGUGGGAUUUGAAGUCUGCGAUGGUUAUAAUAACAGUUAUCAGUAAUUCCUGCCCGGAAGACUUUUAUUUAUUUAUUUUUUAAGAUAAAAACUGCACAAAAGGGGAGUGAGAGAGACUAGUUUCCGCUUCCUUCCCUCCUUUUAGUGAAGCCCUUGAAAGGGUGUGUUCAGGGCGGGUGUGUGGACAGGGGUACCACAGUCAGUUCUCCUGAGAAGUAAACCUCAGUGCCUGAGACUUUUCUACCAAGCCACGCAGCUGGGACAGCUGCAGGCUGAGCUGGGGCACCAUGGCUCCCGCCUAGCGGGCGGCCCCUCCGCAUGGCCUGGAGGUGGGGAGGGUGGAUUGCCUGGGCCAGGUGCUUUGGUCCCUUUGCCCCUUGAGUCCCUCUGUCCCAUUGCCACGCCUGGCUGCGGCCUUCUGGCACAGCAGUGCAGCCACCAAGACAGGCCUGGGUGAGGCCGUUAGGGGCUUGGCGUCUUGUGAGGGCCACUUGGGACCUCGGCGGGGCUCUGGGCAGUGGAUACAGCACUGGCAGUGUGAGAGCCAGGCAGUCCAGAGGUGGUUGUGGUGGGAUCUUGCAUGUGUACUCUGCGGCCUCCAAGUCUCCUUGGUGGGGGGCUGAGGCACGCCCCUGCCUUCCCCCGGGGAGCUGUGGGCAUCCCCAUGCCUCUUUGCCUUAACGACAGCCGUAUCGGAGCUGCCCUCUACCCGUGAGCAAGGGUGGCCCGGCCACAGACUGUGCUUGGAGACUUCUGUCUCCACCCUGAGGGGGGCAAGCCUGGGUGACCCUCCCUCAUCCUUGGCACUGUGGACAGAGAACGCUUGUGUCUCACGUGGUCGGGCCAUGGCUGGCACCUCCAGGUCCACCUGGCACAGGACACCAAAUGGAAGGCCCAGGCAGUUUGUCUGCUUUGGGGACCAAGGGCCAAUUGGGACAGUCUGUCAAGGCAGAGCUGUCCUGGGGGGCGGGGUGGGGGGAGGAGCUGGGCUGAAGCAGACCCUGCUCGCCCCUGUGUUUCCCAGGCCGUCGUGCCAACACUGCUUGCACCCUGGGCGGGCACGGGGCAGCAGAGGUUGCGGGGACCUUGCUGUGGCCUCCCGGCUGCUCCUCCACCUGCUCUGUCUCUGCCCCCGAAGCUACUUUCCUUUCCUCCCCCACCAGUAUCCCCUCUCUUUGAAGUUCUGGCAUUCACAGAAAUCAUGUUUUCUUUUGUCUUUUAGCUAAAGAAAAAGUGUUGUGAUUUCUCUGCUUCUGGUUUUGAGUUACUCUUUGUUCAGUAAUGCACUUUAUAUUUUAUUGUCCAAAGAGAUCAAAGUUAGGCAUACAGGGUUGAGGGUGAGCCCUGCCCUGCCCAGGCUCUGGGAGGCUCGGCCACCUCCUCCUGUAUGGGGUGGGCUCAGCCCCGCCUCAGAUCCUCACACCUGCCUUUGGUGUGGACACACCUCAGGCCGUGACCCAGUGGGGGUGAUGAGUGCAUACUUGCCCAGGUGGACACAUCGUGGCCGCCACUGGCUCCUGGCUCCCUCCCCUCCUCGCCCCACCCCAGCUCACCUCCAAGCAGGCUGCUCCCAGGACACAGGUGCUUGUGCUAUCGGCUCCGUCUUAGGCUCGCAGGUCUGCUUCCGCUGGGUUUGGCCCAGCCCUGCAGUGGAACCUAAUAAAGCGCCUGAAGCAACUGUCCUGGC